UAUGAAUUCUUUGAAUCGGAACCAAGUAAUUAAUGAAGGAGGAGUAGUGCUUGUGAAUGGAAAACCAAGUCGAGGUGGGCUUGUGAUUAAAAGUGGAAAAAAUAUUAAAAAUGGAAAAGGUAAAGGUGGAAAAUAUCGUGAUUCUCAUCAUGAAAUACACAUAUGGAAUGAGAGAGAAAGGAGAAAGAAAAUAAGGAACAUGUUUGCUAGCCUUCAUGCUUUGCUUCCAGAUCUGCCCUCUAAGGUUGAUAAGUCAACCAUUGUGGAUGCAGCAGUGAAAGAAAUAAAAAAUUUACAACAGAUUCUUGAAAAUCUAGAAAAGAAGAAGAAAGACAAGCUUAGAUCUAUGUCCCCAUUUGUGAGUGAGUCUUCAUUUGUGAUGAACUCCCAAUUGAAUUCAUAUGAAUCAACAAAAACUAUCAUAAUUGAUCAGGGGUCCUAUAGUUAUAAUAAUAAAUUUCCGAUUAGUGUAAAUGAAACUUAA